AUGGUCUUCCGAUCAAUGAUCAGACCCCCACGCUCCAAACUGGCCCGAGAAUUGAUCGCCGAAGCUUUUGGAACGUUUUUGAUUGUCAAUAUUGGUACGGGUGCCGUGAUGUCGGCGAUUUUUGCCGAUGCACUAGUGGGGUUGUGGCAAAUCGCUGUCGUCUGGGUGAUUGCCGUCACUGUAGCUAUUAGUGCGACGGGGAGUAUCUCGGGAGCGCAUCUUAAUCCGGCUAUCUCCAUUUGUUUCGCCUUGCUGCGACCGAGCAAAAGCUUUGGUUGGAUCAAAGUGCUUCCUUAUAUUUUAGCACAAGUCUGUGGAUCCGUGCUUGGCUCGGCUGCUAAUUUUUUUCUCUACAGUGGUUUAAUACGUGACUACGAAGUCACUCAUGGUAUUGUGCGAUCAUCUGGCGGUGCCAUUGGAUCCGCCAAAGCGUUUGGCGAGUAUUUUGUCGCUCCAAUCACUGUCACUCAGGCGUUUUUUGCCGAAGCCUUGGGCACAGCCCUGCUGGCGGGGGUUAUCUUUGCCCUGACGCACCCCCGAAAUGAAACAACCCAAAGGCACGGAGGGCUAGUACCACCGCUGAUCGGUUUGACCGUCGGUGCACUCGUGUGCGUCGUGGCACCCUUGACGCAGGCGGGCUUUAAUCCAGCCCGAGAUUUUGGCCCCAGAAUUGUUGCCUAUCUAGCUGGCUGGAAAAGCGUUGCUUUUCGAGGCUCCUGGUUGUACAUUUUAGCGCCAAUGGUCGGAGCUCCUGUCGGCGCGGCCUUUGUUGACCGCGUUUUGUACGGUGGCGCCUACAACGACGACGAAAUGAAGUCGUGA